CAUUCACGUUCUUCAUACCCAUGUCAUGUUUUCAACACCUCAGAAGCUCAGCAGGUCCUAUGGGCCAUUAAUCCCAGGUUUAUCUGCUCAGUCCUCCACAUCACCCUCGGUUAACACUCCAUCUACCCCCAUAGAAUCUGAACCACAGGCAUCAACACCCCAUCAAAUGGAAAGUUUACAGAUCAGACAAAAUCAACAACAUGGGCAAUAUAUACGGUCUACAUCAAAUACCAGUCAUUGCCUAUCAUCUGCUGAUACCAUCCCAGAUGUACGGAGCAGAACACCAGAUACAGAAGUUGGAAGAAGCACAGCGGAUGUUGGAUGUCUUUUUAGAUCUAUGGUCACGGAUUCAGCAUCACUUUUUAAUGAUAUACAGGAGGAGGAUGAUUCAUCAAGAGAGGUUAUUAUAAAUCUAGUUCCAAUUUCUAAUCAUAGUCAGGAGUGUAGAUCUACAGACCUGAGAAGUGAAACUCCAGAUCUAUCACAAAUGGCACAAGAUCAGAUUUUAAAGAAUCAUGAGCCACUAGCUAACCCCUCUAAUGAGGAUGAAAAUCAAAAUCCUGUUGUGCAUUUAGCAGAAGAGCAGGACAUUGAGCAAAUAGAACAUGCACCUCUUCAGCCUGAACCUCAACAGCCUGCACCAUUUGAAGAGCCAGCUCUAAAUGAAAUGAUGAAUCUUGCACGUAGAUAUAGAGCUGACAGUAGGCAGAUUGAAGAAGUUCUGUCUGCGCAUUUAAAAAGAUAGGACAACUACAAUCAGUAAAGAUUAGAAGUAGACCGGGAAAUCUUUGAGUGGCAAAGGCAAAUGGGGACAGAAGAAACCAUAAAAUUAACAGGGCAUUGACAUUAGCAUUAAAAUAAUAUGCAUGUUGCUCAAAUUACUAUGCAGUGUAUUAUAGAAAUUAUGAGAGAUAGACAACAGGCCAAAGAUUCUUCUGAUCCAAAGGGCCAAAGGUUUCAGUAGUUUGCAUAGGCUUAGUUAUGUGAAUGGUAUAUAUAAGUGUUUGUGGUUUUUUUGACAAUUUGUUUAUUUAUUGUUACUUAUUCAGAUUGCUAUUAAAGUUCUUUAUUUAGUUUA